AUGGCUUUCGUAACCAGGCAGUUCGUGCGCUCCAUGUCCUCCUCCUCCACCGCCACGGCCUCAGCGAAGAAAAUCCUCGUCAAGCACGUGACGGUCAUCGGCGGUGGGUUGAUGGGCGCCGGCAUUGCCCAGGUUGCUGCAGCAACUGGCCACACAGUAGUGUUGGUGGACCAAACAGAGGACAUCCUGGCAAAAUCUAGAAAGGGAAUUGAGGAAAGUCUUCGGAGAGUGGCCAAGAAGAAGUUUGCAGAAAACCCCAAGGGUGCUGACGAGUUUGUGGCGAAGACCCUGAGCAGCAUAUCGACCAGCACGGAUGCAGCGUCCGUGGUCCACAGCACACACUUGGUGGUGGAGGCCAUCGUAGAGAAUCUGCAGGUGAAGAACGAGCUGUUCAAGAGGCUGGACAAGUUUGCUGCCGAACACACAAUCUUUGCCAGCAACACUUCCUCUUUGCAGAUCACAAGCCUAGCCAAUUCCACCACCAGACAGGACCGAUUUGCCGGGCUCCAUUUCUUCAACCCAGUGCCUUUGAUGAAGCUUGUGGAGGUCAUUAAAACACCAAUGACCAGCCAGAAGACAUUUGAAUCUCUGCUAGACUUCAGCAGAGCCCUGGGAAAGGAUCCUGUUGCUUGCAAGGACACGCCUGGGUUUAUCGUGAACCGUCUUCUGGUGCCAUACCUCAUGGAAGCAGUCAGGCUGUGUGAACGAGGUGACGCAUCCAAGGAGGACAUCGACACUGCUAUGAAGCUGGGUGCCGGGUACCCCAUGGGUCCAUUUGAGCUUCUCGAUUAUGUUGGGCUGGACACUACCAAGUUCAUCCUGGAUGGUUGGCAUGAAAUGGACUCAAAGAACCCCCUGUUUCAGCCCUGCCCAUCCCUGAAUAAGCUGGUAGCAGAGAAAAAGUUUGGCAAAAAGUCUGGAGAAGGAUUUUACAAAUACAAGUGA